AUGUCAAGUCCCACCAAAAAGCGUAAAAGGGAUGCCCCGGACCCUUCUACUCAAGGCACCCGCAGCAUAGCGUCAUUCUUCCAGUCACAGGCGGCCAGACAAGCGCAGAAAGAAUGGACACCAUUAUCAUCCCAGAAGGCGCCUGAAGCCAACGACCAGAGUCUUUCCGAUGAAGCUCUUGCGCGCAAGCUUCAGGCCGAAUGGAAUAAUCAGGAUGUGACCGCAACUGGUACAGCUACAGGCUCAGAAGGUGGGCCAGCCCCAGAAGCUUCAAUACUCCCGGAACCUGUAAGAGAAACGAAGAAAGCCAAACCGAAAAAUGUGCUUUCGUUACAAGCUUCCGCCGGCGCAGAGGAUACGGUUUCACCCUCUGUUCCUUUCGAUCAGACCCCUUUGACAUUUGAUUCCACCAAGUACGCUCAAGAGCUCAAAGCGCACUGGGCUACGGAAGGUGGAAAUGCUUCCUACGCCCUCCUUACCCAAGCAUUCGUACUCGCAAAUGCAACAACUAGUCGUAUCAAAAUCGUCGAUACAUUGGUCAAUUUCCUGCGUGUUCUUAUAGAAGGAGACCCAUCAAGUGUUCUCCCCGCCGUAUGGCUAGCAACUAAUUCCAUCUCCCCUCCGUAUCAUGAGUCGGAAUUAGGACUUGGGGGGUCUUCAAUAUCCAAGGCGUUCAAGAAAAUAUACGGUCUCAAUAACCAAGGGCUCAAAACUUUAUACGAUAGACUUGGGGACGCUGGUGACGUGGCAUUCGAGGCAAAGAAAAGACAGAGUUUUACCCUAGUGAGACCAAAGCCACUAAGUAUCAAAGGUGUAUAUCAAUCCCUGACCAGGAUUGCGAUGAGUAAAGGGAGCGGGAGCCAGGAAACCAAACAAAGAAUUGUGGAGAAAUUGUUGCAAGACACCCGCGGCGCGGAAGAAAGCCGAUAUGUUGUUAGAACACUUGUUCAGAAUCUCCGAAUCGGGGCUGUGAAGACGACCAUGCUCAUUGCGCUUGCAAGGGCAUUCUUGUACUCGAAACCAGACGGGGCGGAAUUCACUACCUACACGCAACAAGAAUUAGCUCGCCUCAAGAAAGACGAAAUCACGGAUAUCUAUAGCAGUGCGGAAGAAAUAGUGAAAGCUUCUUAUGCCCGACACCCCAACUAUAACGAUAUCAUUCCUUGUUUACUGGAAAUUGGGGUCACAGAGGAAUUACUCUUACGAUGUGGAUUACAACUUCAUGUGCCAUUACGACCAAUGCUGGGCAGCAUCACACGAGAUCUGUCGGAGAUGUUAACAAAACUCCAAGGUCGCGAUUUUACCUGCGAAUUUAAAUACGAUGGACAGCGCGCCCAGGUGCAUUGCGACGAGAAUGGGAAGAUAUCCAUUUUUUCGCGGCAUCUCGAACAGAUGACAGAAAAGUAUCCUGAUCUUGUAUCGCUAGUGCCUCAGAUCCGAGGAGAGGGUGUGUCGAGUUUCAUUCUAGAAGGGGAAGUAGUCGCCGUGGAUCAGGAUACACGCGAGUUGCAACCCUUCCAAGUCCUCACAAAUCGAGCAAAGAAGAACGUGGAAAUAGGAGCGAUCAAGAUAGCCGUUUGUCUUUUUGCAUUUGACCUUAUGUACCUGAACGGGACGCCACUCCUAGAUCGACCGUUACGGGAGCGAAGGGGACUACUUCGCAGUCUAUUUGUAGAAAUUCCGAACCGGUUCACCUGGGUCAAAAGUCUUGACACAACAUCUGCAGAUUCCGAGACUGUCCUAGAGUUUUUCAAGAGCGCUACAGAGAGCAAGUGUGAGGGUAUCAUGGUCAAAGUUCUUGAUAACGAGGCAGCCGCCAAUGGCCUCAGCAGUGCCAACACAGCAAACGAAAAAAUAGAAGCCCAAACCGGGACGAACGGCCAAAAACCGGUGAAAGGUGGCCGCCGCAAGGCCUUACUGUCUACUUACGAGCCGGACAAGAGACUAGAAUCCUGGCUCAAGGUGAAGAAGGACUACAGCGCCUCAUCGGAGACAUUAGAUCUAAUCCCCGUAGCUGCAUGGCACGGCAACGGACGAAAGGCCAAAUGGUGGUCCCCCAUCCUACUCGCCGUCCGCAACCCAGACACCGGAAGUCUAGAAGCCGUAACGAAAUGUAUGUCCGGCUUUAGUGACAAAUUCUACCAAGCGAACAAAGACAAGUACGCCGAGGGGAGCCCAGAUGUGAUAUCUCGGCCUAGCUAUGUCGAGUACGAUGGCGAACCAGAUGUAUGGUUUGCGCCACAGGAAGUCUGGGAAACAGCCUUUGCAGACAUCACGCUCAGUCCGACUUAUACAGCUGCCCUUGGCCUCGUAAGCGAAGCGCGCGGCCUUAGUCUUCGGUUUCCCCGUUUCGUGAAAGUCCGCGAGGACAAAUCUAUCGAUGAAGCCACGACAGAUGACUAUCUGGCGUUGCUUUAUAGGAAACAAUCUGAACGCGCACAGUUAGAAGAGGCAGCAGAUGCAGCUCGAGAUGUGGAACCGGAGGAUCAAGAAUGA